ACAUUACUCGGCGCAGUCAUCGUCGAACCGGCGGGACAAAAUCAUUUAUAAUUCUUACGUAAUUAUUUUUAACAACAAUUAAAAUAUCACAAAAAUAAAUAUUUAUUUGUGAAUUGAAAAUAUUAAUUGAACUUUUCAUCAAAUAAUUAUAUUCUCUAUCAAUUUAAUCAGUGAUAAUAAUUUUUUUCAACAAUUUUUUUUCAUCAAGUGGUUUGUUGAAUGAGACAAUAUUAUCCAAAAAAAAAAAAAAAACAAGACAACGUGUGAGAGAUGAAUAUGUAGCGUCCUACCGGCGUCGCCUGGGCUACCAAUAUAAUCAAUUUAAAUAAUUUUCAUUUCCACAACAAAAGAUGUUUUAAAUCCAAUAAAGAAGAUACAAAGGAUUCAUUCACUGGAGACGAUAGAAAAAAAAAUUUUCUGAUGGAUGGUAAAUAAAGCUGAUGGGGUUUAUUUGAUUUGGUUGGUCCAUGACUUUUUGAAGAUAAUGAUAAGUGCCUGUGGCAAAAGAUAUAUGAAUCACGACUUUUGGAUACCAUGGACGAACCCAGGAAACUACGUGAUGGGGUGUGGGAGGAACACCGCUUUGUUGAGGUAGUGAGUCAUCCUGGAUUUCAUGAACGAGGUCUAGAAUGAAUAGACGUGAGGAUCCGCUGCUUCGGCAGCAUUGUAGUCGUCUUCUUCAACUAGCUGAAACAACAAACAUCAAGCCAGGUCAUGGAACUGGCAAAAGACGUGCUCAAAAAUUAUCACAAACUCAAACAAAUAGCAAUGCAGGAACAAGUGCCUGGAUAACUCUUCAAGAUAUUGUGAGAAAUGAUCCUGGUUAUACACCAAAUAUUGAACACCUUGUAUUUCCAAAACGUAAAGAUACACAGAGUAAAGGAACAAGUCAACCAAGUCAAUUUAAAAAUAAACCAAGUGGUGCUACUUCAGCAACAACUAGAAGAUUGAAUGAGAGUACUUCUGUGGACAGUGGAGGCGUCACAAGCCAUCAGUUGACUUCAGCCUCGUCAAGGUCAGCAAAUCAAAGACGAUGGUUAUCGCAAACAUCACAACAAUCAUCUAGACAACGUUCAACUGAUGAUGGGGGAAUUAAUGUAGGUGCUGUGGGCGUUAGUAAUACUGGUGGUACGAUCACCUCAUCAACAGUACAGCAACCUCGUCGUGUUAGUCCAGCUGCUGAUUCAAAAGAGAUUGUUAAUUCAGCAGCAAUUCAAAAAACUGAAAGACUGUCGAGAUUCGAUCGGGAUCGAGUUGACAGAUCAUCCAAUAUAUCGAUUGUUCACUUACGAGGAACAUCGUCAACUGAUAACUGGGAGUCUAGUCAACUGGCAAGGACCGGAAAUAAAUCAAAUAUUUAUAUUCGUGCAAAUUCAAUAGCUGCACCAAAACGUCAUGAGACAUCACCACCUCCAGCAGCAGCAUCUUCCUCAUCAACUACUGUUAAUAAUUCAACAAAAACAGGAGAAGGAGGAGGAGGACUAUUUCAUCGUCGACAAGAAACUGCUAAUCGACGACGAGAUGGAAAUUCAUAUCUCACAGGAAGUGGUGGUAGCGGUGGAACAUCUGGUGAAUUAUUUGUCAGUGGAAAUUGCAGCAGGGAAUUAUCCCCAGUGCGUUGGUGUGAUCGUGAAGUGGAUGGUGUUUAUUUAGGUAAAUCAGGAUGGGUACAAGUGCAACAUAAAUCACUUGAUUUAAAUCGUAAAACAAAUUAUACAAAAACAUCAGUGAAUAAUAAUAGUAAUAAUAGUUUAAGUGGAACAAUACCAUUACCGCGACGUGUUGCUGUUAAAUUAGCAGAUUAUCAUUGUAGUAAAAGUGAACCAGGUAAAUGUCCAGAUUAUUUACGUAGUAUGACAAUUGAUUUACAUCGUCCAGAUUAUUUAAAGUUAAGUACAGAUUAUGAACCACCAAGUGGUUGUGUAUCACCUGGUAGUAUUGAAUCAUUUUCACCACCAUCAAUAACACCAAUAAUAUCACCACCACCAGCAUUUCAAGAUGUUGCUAAAAAAACACGUUCAUCAUUAUCAUCAUCAUCAUCAUCACGUUUUGGUAAACCAUAUCUACCUCGUUCAAAUGCUAUUAUUGAUAGUGAUGCAAUAAGUCCACCACCAUCACCACCACCUAAAAAUUGGUUUCAACAAACAAUUAGAAAAAGUUGUACUGUUCCUAUUAAACCAAAACCAAGACGUCCAAUAAUACAAACAUCAUCAUCAAAUAAUAAUAAUACGAAUACGAAUAAUAAUAAUUAUAUGCUUAAUCAAAGACAACAAGAACAAAAAGAUCGUCAAUAUCGUUUGGCUUCGGCAAAAUCACUUGAAGAUCAAACAUCAACACGUCGUUCACAAUUUGCACAAAGACACAGAGAAUCAUCGUCUUCAUCAUCAUCAUCAAUGGGCUUUAGAAGUCUUGAUAGUUGUGUUAAUCGUUCAACAAUGCCUAGACUUGCAGAAAAUACAGAUUCUUCAGUUGAAGGAUAUGAAGAUGGUGAUGAGGAUGAUAAUCCAGAUUUUCGAUUAAAUAAAUCAUCAUCAGGAAAUUCAUUUUUAGACUCAUUAAAUGACCAUAAAGGAACAAAUAAUGAUAGAAAUAUAAGAAAAACAUUGAGAAGAUCACCUGGUUCUUCUGAUGCAGGAUUAUUAUCUUUUGUUUCAUCAUCAGCUACUUCAAGCUCAUCUUCAUCAUCAUCUUCCUCAUCUUCUUCUUCUUCGUCUUCUUCAACACCUAGUAGUAGUGUUGUAGAGUGUAUUAGAUCACCAAAUAAUAAUUAUAAAAGAAAUUCACAAACACGACAAAUACAACAGUCACAACAUCAAGGCUUUCGUAAUACACUUUGUUCACCAGAUGCACUUGAAACAGCUCGUGUCAGACGAUCACGAAGUCUUCAAUUACCAGAAAAACGUUCACCCUGUUCAAGUGGACAAGUUUCACGAGAACACUCAAGAGAAUCAAACGAGUCUAAUCGUGUGAUUGUCAAGAUAAUUGAUAGAAGCUUAGAGCGUACAAAGCGACAUCCAUUUGCAACAAAAAAAGCUCAAUCAACUGAAGAGACAAUUAAUUGUGAUUAUCAAAGGGAUACAGAAUUUGCAAAUGAGUAUCUUUAUGGUACACGUAAUCGUGCAGCUGCGAGAAAUAUAUUAACUGGUCGUUUUGAAUGUCGUGAAGAUAAUCAAAAACGUCGAAUAAGUGGUGGUACUUUACCAAGUGAUGUUUAUUUUAUAUCAGGUAAACAAUCACAACAAUCACAACAACAACAACAACAACGCAAACCAAAAAGUCUUCAACGUGGAAUUACAACAACACAAAAUAACACAACGAAUAAAUUAAAUAAUGAUAUCAAAGUUCGUUGUAAUACAAGUACUUGUAAUUAUUGGCCUCAUUGUUCAGAAACAAUUUAUUCAACAAAUCAAAGUCAAACAUUUAUGAAAUUAUCACAAAGUUAUCCCUCUCAUAAUCGUGUACCAAUUGAAAGUAUUAUUAAUAAUAAUUCACGUGAUCGAGCAAGUGCAUGUUCAUCACCAGCUUCACUUGAUAUUAUCGAGGACAAUAGAAACGCGCGUCAUAAUGAACGAUUGCCUAAAAGUGUAUUAAAACAGCCACGUAAAUCACCAUUAGGUUCACCAAAUGGACAUGAUUUUCGUUCAUCCAAUCGGGACAAUAAAAAUUUAAAAGAAAUUACAAAACGACGUGUUUCACCACAGUAUUCAACUGAAUCAAUUUUACAAGUAAAUAGUGUUAGUGGUGGUGGUGCAUCAUCAAUCACAACUUCCUCAUCGUCAAGUAGUGAUAUAUGGCUUACAACUUCAGACAGAACAAUAACAAAAAGUCCAAAAAAUUAUAAAAGUUGUGAAAGUUCAACUCCAAUUGAGGAAAUUAUUGUUGGCUCUUUGGAUACACUGCAGGAGCCAAUGCGGAAAAAUGAACAAAUGAGACCUGGAAGUGCGCCAGCAAGACGACAAAAUUCACCAGAAAGUGAUGGAUGUCUUGAACCACAUCACAGAUCUUCUUCUUUACCAAAAUCAUUUUUAACUCAUGAAGCAAUUGAAAGAAAUGAUGGACAUCUUCAAACAACAACAGCAUCUUGGCAUAGAAAUGAUGUAUCAAGAAGAUCAACACCAAGUCCAAAUUAUCGUAAUCCAGAAACUUCAUCAUCACCAUGCACUGCUCCUGGUUCGCCAUCAAGGGUCCAAGUGAUCCCCAGGGAAACAGAAAAACGUCGAGGUGCAAUGGGAGUCAGUCGAGCACAGAGACGUAUCAAGGCUUCAAGCACUCCAGCACUUCUAGACCGUGACGAAAUUGAGCAGUGGCCUGAUGAAAAUGACAAUAAAAAAUCUGAAGAUUUAUCAAAUAAAAAACGAGAUUCAACUGAUCAUCCAUUGAUUGAAUCAACAAUUCCACUGAUACAACAUCAGAGACAUCAUCAAGAGAUUUCUGGUCAAUUGAAUAUUCCACAAAAUCAACAAGAAAGUGUAUUACAAAAAUUUAGAAAAAGUUUUUCAUUGAGAUUUAAUAAAAGAGGAAGUAAAGAGGGUGGUAGUACUGAUGGAGAUUCACAAUUAAUGUCAUCACAUUCAAUAACAGUACCAUCAGACAAUGAUACUGAUCAAAGAUUUAAUGACGAUGAUAAACAAUCAUCUGAUCAACACAAAGACGAUAAUUCCGAUCAAAAAUUUCGAUUUGGUCCUCUCAUAUGGCGUUCUAGCAAAGAAAGAAAAAAAAAUAAUAAAGCUGCAAGAAAUGCCAAAUGUAAUAGUGGUGACAGUGGAAUACAAAUUGAGAUGGUAUCUGGCAGAGCAUCGACUGGGGGCAAUGGAAGUCGUCCAAUAAACCUUGAUGAUAGUUCUGAAUCACAUGAAACUGAUGGACUUGAUGAAAUUGAUAGUUCACCAAUAUUGCGGCGUCGAUUUAAUAAAAAAUUUCGACCCCAGUCAGAGCUCAUCAACCAGAUACUUAUCGAUAAAUUAAAGACGGAUUUACAGCAUAAUCGUACCACGAGUAUGCUUCAUCACAAUGUACGCAGAACAAAUAGUGAUCUUGGUGGACAAAGGCUACUACAAUGGGAUACCAAAAGUGGAUACAGUGGUGUAAUGCAAUAUAGAAGAAUGCUUUCUACACCAUCACCAAUUAAAACAAGACCACCAAGAUUGAGCCCGAGACAUUCAUCCCAUGAUAUCGUUACACUAAGAAGUAACGCUAAAGGGAGAAACUCGAGGACAAAUUUAAGACGUUCAUUGAGUCAACCACUGGGAAUAAAUCAACUGUCACCUUUAAUGCGUACUAAAUUAACUGGUUCACCAAGAUUUCCCGGUGGUAAUAUUAUGUCAGAAGAUGAACAUGAUUCAAGAUGUAGUGGUAAUGAUGAACAAACAAGAAAAAGAAUCACAACAACAUCAACAACAAGAACAAGAACAAGAAAUAGAAGAAGAAAAAGUGUUAGCAUUGUAACAUCAGAUGAUGAAAUGAUGUCUGAUUCCGAAUCAUCAAUAGCAUCAUUAACAGAAAGAAAAAAAUCAUUUGAUGAUAUUGGAAUGUUAGCUGAAGCUGUAUGGGAUCACGUUGCAAUUGAACCAGAAGAACUUGGUUUUCGUGCUGGUGAAGUUGUUGAUGUACUUGAUACACUGGAUAAAGAUUGGUGGUGGGGAAGUUGUCGAGGUGAACAUGGAUGGUUUCCAGCAGCAUUUGUUAGGUUGCGAGUUAGUCAAGAAGAAACAGUUGAAGAUUGCUUGGCAGCAAUGGCUUCUGGCGCCAAUUCAACAAGUCAGUCUCGUCGACGUACCAGUAUAUCACUUAUGUCAAAUGAACAAGUACGAAGUAGUGUUGUACGUGAAUUGGUACAAACUGAACGUGAUUUUGUUAAGGUACUUCGUGAUGUUGCUGAAGGAUAUAUUGCUGAAUGUCGUAGUCGAAUUGAUAUGUUUACUGAUGAUCAAAUUGAUACGAUAUUUAUUAACAUUGAAGAUCUAUUAGAAUUUCAAUCGGAAUUUUUAAAAGAUCUUGAAACAUGUAUUGAUUGGAAUGCACCACAAAAUAGUUGUGUUGCUGAAUGUUUUCUCCUUCAUAUAAAUGGAUUUCGUAUGUAUUCAGAUUAUUGUAAUAGUCAUCCAAUGGCAAUGGUAACACUACAAGAAUUAUAUCGUCAUAAUAGUUAUAAUAAAUUUUUUGAAGAAUGUAGAUUAAUGCGUGGUUUAAUUGAAAUUCCACUUGAUGGAUAUUUGCUAACACCAGUACAACGUAUAUGUAAAUAUCCACUUCAACUUGCUGAAUUAUUAAAAUAUACUAAAACAGAUCAUCCUGAUUAUAAUAAAAUACGUGAUGCAUUGGAUGCAAUGAGAUCUGUAGCUGUACUUAUUAAUGAAAGAAAAAGACGAAUGGAAAGUUUGGAAAAACUUGCUGCAUGGCAAUUGAGAGUUGAAGGCUGGGAGGGUGAAGAUCUCAUUGAGGUAUCAUCACAGUUGAUAUAUCAAGGUGAUGCUGUUAGAGUUACAACUGGAAUGUGGACCAACAAUAUAACAUUAUUUUUAUUUGAUCAUCAGUUGGUUUAUUGUAAAAAAGAUAUAUUAAAACGUGACACUUAUGUUUACAAGGGUAGAAUAUAUUUGGAUACAAGUGAGGUCAUUGAUGUACCUGAUGGAAAAGAUUAUCAACUUGGUGUUACAGUGAGACAUUGCCUAAAAGUUUACAGUUGUGUACGUGAUAAAUGGCUAUUAUUUUGUUGUCGUAGUGCUGAUGAUAAACGUAAAUGGCUUGAAGCUAUGAAUGAAGAGAGAAGACUUGUUGAACAAGAUCGUAAUGAAGGUCUUGAAUUUCCAUCAGCAGCUAGACAAUUGGCACGUCUUGCAGCAACACGCCAACAACGCUUUAGGCCACCAGUUAAACCACGCAAUAAAAUAUAUAAACGUGAAGGAUAUGAUAUACCAAUAUUUACAAAUAAUAAUUCAACAUCAACAGCAACAAAUUCACUUGGUAGAAAAGUUGGUACUUGGUUUACCUUUGGUAAUAAAAAAACAACACGAAUGCGUCCAUCAUAAUAAUAUAUAUUUAGCCUUGACCAUUACCAGUCAUUAUUAUGGUUAAUGGCACGAUAUACAAAUUAAUAAUAUCCAUGAAACACAGACAGUAUUUACUCAAGGUUAUAUUUUCGAAAUUUAUUUUUUCAAAAAAAAAUAUAAAUUUAAACUCUAUGGAAAAUAGUAUAACCAAAUUGACAGUGUUUUUAUCAUUAUUUAAAUUUUAUUUUUAAAUAAAAUAAUAAAGCACAAUGUAAAUAGAAAAAAUAGUAUAUAAAUAUUUAUAGAAAAAAAAUAGCUUCAUUAGUUGAAAAAAUCAUGAAAAAAGUAUUUUUUAAAAAAUAAAAACUGGCCUCAAUAAAACAGGAAAAUAUAUAAUUUUAACUGUCAACACAUUUAGCAAUAAAUGUCGAAUUAAUGAUGUUAAAAAUGAAUUUUAUCACGACAAAAUAGUUGAACAACAAAUGACAUUAUAAAUUGUAUUUUUUUUUUCAUUUAAUGAUCAACAAAUAAACUGGUAUUAUACAGAGUCAUUUAAAAAGACUGAAAGAGAGAGAAAAUGUUUUAAAUUUAUAACGGAUGUUUAUUUGUAAAUGACAUUAAUUACAUUCUGACUUUUAAACUGCCUCAUUGUCAAAUAGAAAAUAGAUAAAGCUAAAAAAUUAAUAUCUUGAAAUUGUUUAACUCACUGCCAGUAAUAAAAAAUAAUAAACAGCUAUUGUGGAGAAUAUAAAAACAAUGAAACUCAACUCGAUAUCUGCAUCGUACUUAAUUAGUCAUAGACACGCACAUUUUUUUUAUAAUAAAUUAAUUGCUUUUCCGAGUAUUAGAUAAUAUAUAUAUUAAAAAAAAAAAUACAAACAAAAAAUAGCAUGACACUGUUUAGAUGAAGAUUAGAUAAGACAACGACAAUAUAGUAAAAUUUUUCGAAAUAAAUAACUGCUAU